AUGAGCCUCUGCGACACGAUAAUGAGCCGGCUGCGGGCGCUGGAAGUGCCCGCGCCGCCCAGCGCCUCCGACAAAACCCUCUACCUCCUCCUCGGAGUCCUCAACUGCUUCAUCUUCGGACUUGGAAUGAUUAUUAUCGGCGCAAUGAGCGGCGACAACGCCAACUUGUUGAUUGGCGUGCUGCAGCUGCUGCUGCCGUUCGUGGGUUGGCCGCAGCAACAACUGACUGCUGCUAAGCCCGCAGCAGCAGCAGCAGCAGCAGCAGCAGCAGCAGCAAGGGCAGCAGCAGCAGGGGCAGCGGGCCCGCGGAGCUGCGGCUGCGGGGAUACAGCCGCAGCAGCUGCAGCGACACGCGCAGCAGCAGCAGCAGCACCGCCUGCAGCAAAUGCUGCACUAGCAGCAGCAGUAGCACCAGCCGCUGCUCCAGCAGCAGCAGCAGCGGCAGCAGCAAUGGCAGCAGCAGCAGCAAUGGCAGCAGCAACAGCUGCAGCAGCACAGGGCGUAGCAGAAGCUGCCCAAAGCACCAAGUAG